CAGCUCAGUUUAUUCGACUCUGACAAACAUGGCUAAAAUGUUUUACUGCUGGCUGCCUUUUCUGUGCCAACUCUGGACUCUACAAGCUUUGAGCCUAGACUCCUUAGUGGGUCAAAGCACCAUCUAUUAUCAGCAGGAUGCAUCGGAGCAGCUGUUGCAGCAAGUGGAUCAGCUAAAAAGCGUCGAAUCGCUGCAGCUGAUUGUGCAUGGAUUUCUCGCCUCGCGUAGUCACAGUUCGAUUAUGCCGCUAAGAAAUGCCUACACAGCUCAAGGAUAUGCGCAUGUUUUGGUUGCCGACUGGUCGCCAGCUGCCAACUUGGAUUAUCCCAGCUCAAGGCGAGCUGUUUCGAAGGUUGCCUCGGUGUUGGCCAAGCAGCUUCAACAGUUUUUGGCCAAGCACAGCAUACCAUUGGAUCAAGUACACAUUCUCGGCCACAGUUUGGGCGCACACAUUGCCGGCUGCAUUGGACAGCACUUUAAUGGCUCGCUGGGACGCAUCACGGGCUUGGAUCCGGCGUUGCCUUUGUUCACUUCGCAUUCGGAUGACAGUCUGCAGUCGAGUGCAGCUCGCUUUGUGGAUGUCUUACACACCGAUUAUCCGAUCUUUGGGGAUCUGACGCCACGUGGCCACGUUGACUUUUAUCCCAACUUUGGGCAUACUCCGCAACCGGGUUGCGAGGAAGUCGAUCUGUUGACGGCCAGCAAACUGUUGCUGGAGGCUUCUGCAGUCACAAUCGUGCCGUUCUGCUUUACGCCGAGUCCAUUGGGCUGCCGAAGAGUUUUCCCAGCAUUCCCUGCAGCUGGAAGUCAAUCAGAGGCAGCAGAAGCUGUGCCGAAAAGUUGUCGGAGUUUAAUUUAAACAGUACGGAGCUGGAGGCUGCCAUUGGCAGCAUGGACGACACGCAAGUGGUGUACAUGGGCGAGCAGGUGGCACGCAGGUAAUUUAAAUAUUCAACUGAAGUGAACGUCUUGCGAUUUAAACUUUUCGUUUACUAGCGCCACCUCCUAUUAUUAUUUGGAAACCAAUGCAGCGCCACCUUUUGGUCAAGGUGUGCGUGCCAAGUUUGCUUAAAAUGAAACUUGGCGUGCAUAUGACAGCUGCUGUACUAUAGAUGGCGCUGUCAUGGCAAGCAGCUUUGACUUGACAGCGGCGCGUGUGCUAGCGAUUAAAAGCUGAUUGCUAUGUGAUAGCGGGCUAUUUGAAAUAAGUAAUUUUUAAGGCGGAUGAAUACUUAUUAUUACAAAUUAGUAAUAAAUAACAUUAUUGUACAAUUUAAUGUAAUCAUGUGGAUAAAUAAUUGUAUUAUAAUAUAUUAUAAUGGUAGUCAGUCAAAUACUAAAAUAAAACUCUUAUUCCUCUUACAUUAUUCGUUGCCCUUGGUGCGGUGUGACACAAUCUUUUAGCCAAGCAAAUAAAUUUACAGUUUACAUGGCAAUGGCUGUGUUGUGUUGACCGCAAGCUCAAUUUCUUCGUAGAUUUAAUUUGGCAUCGGCAUUUCAGUCGUAAAUCACAGGAAUUUUAUGAAUGAAGUUCAGCUGCAGUCGAAGCCACAGACUCUCUGACUUCGACGCUGACUCUGACUCUGAAUCUGAAGAGGGAAAUGCAAAUAGAGUAGAAAAGAGGAAAAGAGGUGCAGAGCAGAGCAGAGCCUAAGGUUAUUUAUGAGCCAAUAACUUAACAACAAAACGCUCAUCUACAUUUAAUGGCGAUAAUUUUUGACGCAAUUUGAGAAACAGACACAGCGGCGGUCUCAUCGACGAUACUUGUCUCCGUUGUCUUCUCCUUGGUCUAAAAAGAAAGCAAGAAGCUAACCGCAGAAGAUAACACAAAACACUUGACACCUUGCUGAGCCUCCAGGCAGAGUCCGGCCUCAUAUGGAGUAGAGGUGAGGAGAGCAAGACGACGACGACGACACCUGAGGCACCUGAGCACAAAUAAAAGGCAGCAGCAGAAAGAGAGAGAAACAAAUAAACGCAGCGAUCGUAAAUUUACAAUAAAAAGAUUCAAAGCGUGGCGAGAGGAAAGGGGAAGCACUAAAAGGAGGGCAACAUGCAGUAAAUUUUAGGAUUUCCAGAUGGCAACAGCUGCUGAAGUUCGACUCGGAGUUGGAGUUGAAGACAGAGUUGAAGCUGCAGCAUUCCUGCGAUGCCUGUUGCAUGUUGUGUGGGUGGCAGAGUGUUGUUGUUGUUGUUGUUGUUGUGGCAGAUAGAUAACAUUCAUGGCUGCACUCGCUGAGUCGGCUCACUCGUUGCGUUCUAAUUCAUUGCCUCACUUGACUGCCAGCCAGCAUUGUAUGAGCGAGUGUAGCAAAAAUACAAAGCUAACUCGUUCCACAAAUCGAUUUCAGGCUUCAUUAGCUCCACAUAGCGCACAGGAAACUCCCGCACUUUGCACUCUGCUUUGCUUUUCCAUUCUUCUCCCUUCUCUCUUCUCCCUUCUCCAUUCUCCAAUUCAUUCUUUGGCGCAUGGCUUACUUGGUAAACAGAAAUGCGUAAAACUAUCGCCCGCUGUCCUCUGCUGACCCUAACAAUUCCCUUUCUCCUCUCCUAUUGAUGCGCCAUGCUCGACCAAGCAGCCACUGAGUUGUUGUUGUUGUUGUUUUUGCUCCCAUACGCGUACGUUCUCAUUUUCCCUCAUUUCCCUUCAUUUGAUUUCAUUUCCAUGUUCAAAUUUUGUCGCUUUGCGUUUUUGUUUUUCCACCUUUUGUGAAUUUGUGUCAUGCGUCGGUUUUUCCUCAUCGUUGGCUCGCUUUCUGUGUUGUAUUUCUGUUGUUUUUGUAACUUGGCUUUAAUUUCUGUUGACUGAGAAAGGAAAACACACACACAAAAAAAAAAUACAAAAAAUGCUGUUGACUUUCUAGCAUCAUUGGAGCUGACGGAGAAGUUAGCUGCCUACCUUCAAAGUGUUCCGCUCCAAUUCGCGUGAUUUGGCCAAAGAAUGCAAAGCAAUUGCUUUGAUAAUAGAACGAGCGAAGAAGUCUGCAAAUUCUUAUGAAUAUCUGUAUAUGGAUAUAAGCUCAGAUUACUGUUGUUUGCAGAAAAGUUAAUACAUGCUGAUAAUUUUGGAGA